AUGUCGACUCCCUCCACGGCCACCGCGACGCACCCUACCUCUCAUCACCCUCAGCACUACGGAUACCCCCAUCAUCAGACCUACCAGCCAAACGUAUCCUAUCCGACCACGUCCGCCGCAGGCACCGCUCGCCUAGCCUCUUCCGCUUACCCCUACGCCGUCAACCCUUCGACCGCCACUCUUCCUUACGCUCAAUCUCCGAAACUCGCUCCCCCUGCGCCCCCCACACCCACGACGACGUCCGUGCCGACGACGACGCCUGCGACGGCGGCGACGAUGGCCCAGACCCAGAAUGGCGUCGCUGCGGCGGCCGCCUCGGGACAACAUGGGCGGAAGAAAAAGCCGGACUGGGGCGAGUUCUACAAAAACGGCAUCCCCAAAGAGGUCAUUGUCAUUGAUGACACUCCGCCGCCAGAGCAGCCAAAGGGCGGCUCCUCUCGCAGUUUUGCGACGACGUCCACCGUCACGGCUCCCAACGGCCACGCUCAACCACCACUGCCCGCGGGUAAAAAACGGCGGACCGGGAUGGAGUCCGCCUACGAUGUGGCCUACUACGAUCGUCCCUCGUACUCCAUCAACCCCCAGCGCUAUGGCGAGGAUUCGUCCGCCGCCUCGCUGUCGACGGACCGAACGACCUCCAUGCACACCACCGCGCCCACCUCCCUGUCCCAGGGCAGUUCGGGUGCCAGCAAUGGCAUCUUCUACGAGGAUGCCAACGCCGGCCAGAAGCGAAAGCGAGUCACGACGCGAAAGGCCGUUCGCGAUGAGCAAAAGCGCAAGGAGUUGGAGAACGUCGGAGAUGCGUUUUUGAGUUACGUGCCUCCACCGAAGCCGCCCAUCAAGGCCAAGGACGUGCCUGUGCCUGUCGUUCGAGAUCCCCCCGGACGGACCGAGAAGUUUGAUGAUGACGACGGUCACUACAUUGUCAACCCUGGUUCUCCUCUAACAGACCGAUACACGAUCAUGAAGCUCCUCGGCCAGGGGACGUUCGGCAAGGUGGUGGAAGCAUACGACAAGCAGCGCAAGGCUCGCUGCGCGGUCAAGAUCAUCCGCUCGAUUCAGAAAUACCGGGAUGCAUCUCGGAUCGAACUUCGAGUGCUAUCAACACUGGCCUCGAAUGACAAGCAGAACAGGAACAAAUGUAUCCAUCUGCGUGACUGUUUCGACUACCGCAGUCACAUUUGCAUCGUCACCGACCUGCUGGGACAGAGUGUGUUUGAUUUCUUGAAGGGCAACGGCUUCGUCCCGUUCCCAAGUAGUCAGAUUCAAAACUUUGCUCGCCAGCUCUUUACUAGUGUUGCCUUCCUCCAUGACCUCAACCUCAUCCACACCGACCUGAAACCCGAGAACAUCCUCCUCGUCAGCAACGCCUAUCAGACCUUCACCUACAACCGGACCAUCCCAUCCUCCUCCCAGGCCAUCUCUCGAAGUGCCCGUCAGCGACGGGUCUUGCUGGACAGCGAAAUCCGGCUGAUCGAUUUCGGUUCGGCGACCUUCGACGACGAGUACCAUUCGUCAGUCGUGUCCACCCGUCAUUACCGGGCCCCGGAGAUUAUCUUGAACCUGGGGUGGAGCUUUCCGUGCGACAUCUGGAGUAUCGGGUGCAUCCUGGUCGAGUUCUUCACCGGUGAUGCACUUUUCCAGACCCAUGACAACCUUGAGCAUCUCGCGAUGAUGGAAGCCGUCAUUGGGGACCGGAUCGAUACCCGACUCGUGCGGCAGGUGAUGCAAGGAGGUCGGAGUGGCAGUCAAAACCAGUCGGCUAAAUAUUUUGUUCGGAAUAAACUCGACUACCCGAACGAUGAGACGACUCGUGCUUCGCGGAAGUAUGUGAGGGCGAUGAAACAGCUUAACGAGUUUAUACCCACCAACAACAAGUUCCACCAACUGUUCUUGGAUCUUUUGCAACGCAUCUUCGUUUACGACCCGAAGGCCCGUAUUACGGCCAAGGAGGCUUUGAAGCAUCCGUGGUUUAAGGAAUCUCUGGUGGACGACGGCACUGAAGCCCUGCGGAUUGGGGAACAGUUGCAACGCACCACCCAACGCCGCUGA